GGCGGCAGAGACUGAGCCAGGCGAGGAGGGGGCGGAGUCUGCCGAAGAGGCUCCGAGCUUUCGACCUCAGCGAGUGCGGGCCGGGCGCCCCCGCCCCCCUGCCGCGUUCCUUUCUCCACGUCGCUGCUGCCUGCCGCCCCUCCCUUCUCAAUCGCUUGGGCUGCCCCGCUGCCUUCUGCGCAUCCCCCCCCCUCACGUUCCCUACGGAAUGGCUCAUCCCGAGGCAGGCAGUCGACUCCGCCUCCUCAGAACCCGGAAGCAGGCGGGUGGGGGCGGCUGUUGUCGUCGGCCCGCCAGCGGCUGCUGGGCGGGAGCGAGGGGGCUGAGCGCGCGCGCCAGGGAGGCAUGCGAGGAGGUGGGGCCGCCGAUCCCGCCCGAGCCCUGCCCCUGGGCCCGCCCUCCGCCAGCGCCUCGGCGGCAGCAGCAGCAGCAGCGGCGACCGGAGGAGGAGGAGGAAGAGCGCCCGCCGAGAGAGCAUGAGCGGCGCAGGGGCCCAGCCGCAGCCGCCCCCCGGGCCGAGCCCUGGGCCCGGGGGGGAUUCCGAGCCGCCGCCCCCGCCGUCGAUGCUGAGCGUCGACUUGCCCAGUCUGGUGUCGCAGUUCGCGCGGAGCUUCGCGCUGGUCUUCCCGGUCUACGUGCUGGGCUACCUGGGGCUGAGCUUCAGCUGGGUCCUGGUCGCCCUGCUCUGCCUCUUCUGGGUGCAGAGGCACCGGGGCGGAAAGAGCUCCCGCCUGGGCCGGGCGCUCGCCUUCCUGCAGGACGAGGAGCGGGCCGUGAAGCUCGCCGUCUCCACCGGCGACCUGCCCGCGUGGGUCCACUUUCCAGACACUGAGAGAGCAGAAUGGCUGAAUAAGACCGUCAAACACAUGUGGCCUUUCAUUUGCCAGUUUAUUGAGAAACUUUUCCGUGAGACAAUCGAGCCUGCUGUGCGGGGAGCCAACAGCCGCCUGAGCACCUUUAGUUUCACCAAAAUUGAUCUGGGGAAUCAGCCCCUCAGGAUUAAUGGUGUUAAAGUCUACACUGAAAAUGUGGAUAAAAGGCAGAUCAUCUUGGAUCUUCAGAUCAGUUUUGUUGGCAAUUGUGAAAUUGACUUGGAGAUCAAGAGAUACUUCUGCAGAGCUGGUGUGAAGAGUAUACAGAUUCAUGGUACAAUGAGAGUAAUAUUGGAACCUCUGCUCGGUGAUAUGCCCUUAAUUGGAGCACUGUCUUUAUUUUUCCUUAGGAAACCGCUUUUGGAAAUUAACUGGACAGGACUGACCAAUCUUCUGGAUAUUCCAGGACUAAAUGGCUUAUCAGACACUAUAAUACUAGAUAUAAUAUCCAAUUAUCUGGUGCUUCCAAAUCGGAUUACUGUUCCUCUUGUUAGUGAGCUGCAGAUUGCUCAGCUGAGGUUUCCCAUACCAAAGGGUGUACUAAGGAUACACUUCAUUGAAGCUCAGGAUCUUGAGGGAAAAGAUACUUACCUAAAGGGACUUGUUAAGGGAAAGUCCGAUCCUUAUGGAAUCAUUCGUGUUGGUAAUCAAAUUUUCCAAAGCAAAGUCAUCAAAGAGAAUCUCAAUCCGAAGUGGAAUGAAAUUUAUGAGGCCUUAGUGUAUGAGCACCCAGGACAAGAGCUGGAGAUUGAGCUCUUUGAUGAAGAUCCAGACAAGGAUGACUUUCUGGGAAGUCUAAUGAUAGACCUAAUUGAGGUUGAAAAGGAGCGCCACUUAGAUGAGUGGUUUACUUUGGAUGAAGUCUCCAAAGGGAAAUUGCAUUUAAAACUCGAAUGGCUCACAUUGAUGCCUACUGCAGAGAACCUUGACCAGGUGCUAAGAAGCAUUAGAGCUGAUAAAGACCAAGCCAAUGAUGGACUUUCAUCAGCAUUGCUUAUUCUCUAUUUGGAUUCAGCAAGAAAUCUACCAAGUAUCUACGAGGGAAACUUUGGGUGUGGAUACUUAAAAGAAAGGAGAGCAUCGGGACUAGUCUUUUGUGAAAAUACUACCUCACUCUAUAGAGCACUAUUUCAUAAUCCAUUAGAUUAUAAUCCAGACGCCUUGAAGAAGUCUGCUGUUCAGAAAGCCCUGAAGUCAGGAAAGAAAAUAAAUAGUAACCCCAAUCCACUUGUCUUACUGACUGUUGGACAUAAGGCACAAGAAAGUAAGAUUCGUUACAAGACCAAUGAACCUGUAUGGGAGGAGAACUUCACUUUCUUUGUUCACAAUCCUAGGCGGCAGGAACUAGAAGUUGAGGUCAAGGAUGAACAGCACCAGUGCUCUUUGGGAAAUUUCAAGCUUCCUCUAAGCCAGCUCCUGACCAGUGAAGAUCUAACUAUGCAUCAGAGAUUUCACCUUAGCAAUUCUGGUCCAAACAGCACUAUAAGCAUGAAGAUUGCACUCAGGAUCCUUUCUCUUGAAAAGCAAGAGAGGUCUCCAGACCACCAACACUCAGCCCAAGUGAAGAGGCCCUCUGUUUCCAAAGAUGCAAGGAAAGGUUCUUUCAAGCCUCAGGUCCCCGUUUCUCCACCCGCUGACUUGAACAAGCCUACCCCAACCUCCACAGUAACAGACACUGAUAAAAAGACUGAUGUGGUUGAAAAAAGCCAUCCCUCUAAUCCCAGUCCUCAGUGGCCAACAGAUCUCAACAGAAGCUCCUCCAGUCUUCUUGCCGCCAAUUUGAAUUACUCUCCCAGCCACCUUUCAGUCAAAGAACCUACCCCAAGCAUAGCGUCUGACAUAUCACUACCCAUCGCUACUCAGGAGCUGCGGCAACGUCUGAGACAACUUGAAAAUGGCACAACAUUAGGACAGUCUCCAUUGGGACAGAUUCAGUUAACAAUUCGUCACAGCUCACAAAGAAACAAACUUAUGGUGGUGGUGCACACAUGUAGAAAUCUAAUCGCCUUUUCAGAGGAAGGAUCUGACCCCUAUGUUCGAAUGUAUUUAUUACCAGACAAGAGGAGAUCAGGAAGAAGGAAAACAAGUGUUUCAAAGAAGAAUUUAAAUCCAGUGUUUGAUCAAGCCUUUGAUUACAGUGUUUCAUUACCUGAACUGCAGAGGAGAACCCUCGAUGUAGCAGUGAAGAACAGUGGCGGUUUCUUGUCCAAAGACAAAGGGCUGCUUGGUAAGGUAUUGAUACCACUGGCUUCUGAAGAACUUGCCAAAAGUUCUACCCAGUGGUACGACUUGACGGAAGAUGGUUCAAGGCCACACGUCGCACCUUAGGAUGCCAGAAGCUCCUGUUUGUGUACUUUUUGCCAACCUUUAUAUAUUUUAUCAGCAUUGUUCACACAGAUGUACCGAUAUUAUUUUUUUAUAACUUUUAGUUACGAGGCCUGCGACCACUCCCAACAAUUUUUAUAACACCUGGACAUUUUAUGUAGGCUUAAGUCAGUUUAAUUGUAAAACCUUUUCUUCAUUUUGUUACAGCUGUUUUAAUGUGCAAUAGGGGUUGUAGAGUAACAGUUUGUUUCAAUGGAACCUUUUAUGGUAUUUGUACCCUUGACAGACGUGAGAAGACAAUGUUUAUCUGUUUUCCCCACUUUGUUUCGUAACUCACCAAGGUGUCUGCCAUGUAAAUACUCUUAUCGUUCUUUUUCAGCUGUUUGAAGGUAGAAGAAAAUACCAAAAUGCAUAAUUUUCUUCUAAAAGCAUGCUAAAACCUUAGACACAAUUUCUGGGAAGGGUCUUGGCAGCAAAUUGGUCUUUAACUUAACGAUUAUGGAUUUCAUUUUUAAUCUGGGAGAAAUUGAUUAAAAGGAUAGCCCAUGUAUUUCUGGCCUUAAAGGCUUGUAAAAUGAGAGAGUUACAAAAUAUUAACUUUUUAAUAUUUCUUUAGAAAUGUAUUCUUGAAAGUUGAGAUUAUUCAUAUAAUUCACAUUAAUUCAGAUGAUAUUAAAAGAAGAGUGAGCUGAAAAGCAUAUAUACUAUAUAGAUAUAUAGAUAUAAAUAAAAGAGAGGUUAUCAAGGUCCUGAAAUCACAUUAUAUGGCUUUGGGGUCUCCUAGGAUGCGAAAGUGAAGACUUCAGUAGUACAAAGUUUUGUAACGCACUUUUACUGUCAUUGCUUCUUGUUAGCAUUUAUUUGCCCCUGAAACCUAUCUAUGCAAAAGUAGAGUCAUGGUGGCAUUUGUCUGUGUUACAGAUUAGAGCCUAACAGAUUAGGCUCUAAUCUGAUUAGAGUUACAGAUUAGAGUCUAACAGUCGCGGUGGUGCAUUUUGAUCACUACAGAUAUGAAUGCUGUUUACAACCAUGACCUGGUAGAUGUCUGCUAUUAGUAUCCAUUAAAUGCCAGCCGGUCUGUUGUUAUGUUGAACUCAUGGAAGGCCCAGGAUGUAAAAGUGGGGCUGAAUCUUUCCAAAGCGGCUUCGGUGCUGCCCAUUGCAGUGCUUAGAGCGGCUGCCUCUGUCUUUGGGCCGGGCUCAUGUGAGAUCAUCACAUUCCAUUUAAGCACCACGGCGCUCAGCUGCAAGGGCUGGAACCAGGUAAUUCAUGCAUAUGCCAACAGUAAGGGCUCUUUCAGUGGAGGCAGCCGUGUGUGUUUCACAAGUUGCGCUAAACCUGGAAUACGUCCCUUCUGAAUGGUGUUGGUGCAGUAAAAGAGCCAUUUUAAAUCCGUGUUAUGUUCUAAUCAGUGUAGUUCUUUCAUUCAGAUUUUUUCCCCAGGCCCAAGAAAUGCAAGAGUGGUUUCAGAAAAUAGUCUGAUGUUUUGAGCAUGAUUUUUUCCACUUCAUUUUAUUCAUUGUUGCUUUUAGAACGGAAUCAAUGGAGCAUUGAUUAUAUCUAUUAUUUUGUCUUUCUUAUUUGGAAGGCUUCUGAGAUAGUUUCAACAGAAAUGCACAUCUUUGUGUUUUAACCCAAGAGACGAUGUAGUUCUGCAGACAGUAGCCUCACAAUCUUGGAUAAAUAUGCAAUUACUUUUUAAGGGGGAAAAGCACUAGUUGAGAGUCUUAGUAUAAACUCUGGUUACAAGAUAAACUUCUAAGGGUGAAUAAACUUCUGGAAUACUAGCUUUAUAAUUCAACUUACAGAAUCUUAGCUUAGAAAAUGUGUGUAAUCUAGCAGGAACUUCUCUUGCACACAUACCAUUCAAUUGAGGUUGCACAGAAGAUGUUCCCAUUGUGCUCUUUAGCUAUACUAAGUAUACCAAAGUGCCUGUCGUAGACACAGCAGACUGCUCAUGCCAAGUUCAUUAAUCUUAAUUUGUUCUGUACUUCAACAUGAUGCAUCCAUCCAUAUCGAUUCGCAUCCCUUAAGUAAUGUUGGAGUAUUUUAUAUUGCAUAAAGCUUCACUGGGCAGAACUCUGCAAUAUCACUGGAUUUUUUUUCCCCUUGGUGUCUAUAUAUACAUUAGCAUGAGUGGGCUGUAAAAUAGGCUUAUUGUAACUAUAGCUUAAAUUGAUGUGGUCCUCCACUUAGAACAUAUACACGCCUCCCUGUUCUGCUAUACGGAUACCUUUGGUGAACUCUGCAACAAGAGAACAUGUACUAUCAAGUGGAAACGGCCACAAGCUAUGGUUAUGAUGAGGAAGAUGCAGAAAAUGUGAAUAGAAGUCUCACUGAGGAAAACCAAUAGUCUGUCUAGUACUUUACCUUGGCUGAAAUGGACACCAAUGAGAUUAUUGCAUAAUGGCAUUUCCUUUAAACUGUAAUUCCUGAAUGGUUAUUUAAGUUUCACUAAUUAGAGAGCCAUAGAAGAAGCAAGGAGGGAGGGAGUGUGUGGCAUAAUGCCCGUACGUCUGCAAGGAACAGCACAAGAGAGCAAGUGGAUUUCUCUUUGGGGCCAGAGGUUGAACCUGGCAGGAGAGCUCAGCUGAAAAGCACAAUUCUCUUGAUAUGUUCCCCAAACAUGAAGACUGGCAGCCAACUGCUUCAUGUAUCUGUAGUGGGAAAGGGUUGGAAGUUAUGGAGGCCGUUAGUAAGCAAUCAUGGAAGACAUUUUCAGCCCAGUGAUGAAGUGUGCCAUCAUCUUCCCAUAGUGUCAUUUUCAACAUGCACAGCUAUCGUGCAUGAAGAAAUAACAUGCGAUCAGAGAGUUUCCAUGUUAAAUGAUGGGUCAAAAAAAUUGAAUACGACAUCAGCCCUCUGGGUGGCCCCCUAAAGAAGAGGUAGAGCUCUUCUGAAAAUCUGAACCGAAAUCUGGAUAAUUAUUACCAAGAAAUGCUCUCCCUGCCUUUAGUAGUUAGAAGCUGCAUGUGUGGAUCUGUUCCACCACAAUUUGGUGGUCGUUCAGAGGUGAGGAGGAAGCAUGAAAUUUCCAUUAGCAAAUCAACAACUGAGUGUCAUCAGACCUACUUUCCGUGUUCUUUAUUUUUUUAAUCCUGUGCCUUAAAAAAGAAAAGAGAAGCAAGCUGAGAUAUUUGUGUUUAAGCCCAAGCUUUGUUCUCUGUAUUUAGCAAGUCUUUCUGUUAUGCACUAUUGAAACUGUUCAGUGCAGUGUUUUGCUGGCAAAGACAGCAGCACAUUGCAUUUGACGCUACUGUAACCCAAGCACCAAGUUAAUGUGUUACCUGGGUUUUGGAUUAAAGGUGACGUUUCUGUUUUGAAUCCUUUCUUUAUCAGGCCUGCAGCAACUGGUGAGAAAGGAGCAGGAAGGGUGGUCGGUUUAGUACGGAUUGCCUUUUUGCUCAUAUAAUUCUGCAACUGCAUGUAUUUAUUCAAUAAAUGAUUCAUAUGGAA